AUGACUAUUUCUGGAACACAAUCAAGAGGCAAAAAAUUCGUUUUUCAGCAGGUAAAUCUUGGCUUGAACUCCAGCUGUUUCUUUGUGCAUUUGGAAAAUGGGUUUGUGGAAAGUAGUAUUCUGGAAAAUGCCAUAGGUCUUGAGUGGUUUUUAGAAAAAGUCUGUAAGGCUAAUAACAUCAGACUCAUUAAAUCAAGAAAGACAUCUUCAGAGAUAGUGGAAAAUGGACUUGUGUUGAUCAGCGGAGUAAAGUCUCCAGUGUGUGCAAGAAGCAGAAUAUUUUUAUUCUUCCAUUCCAGUAGGGCCAGGGCACGGUGGUCUUUCAACUAUGAAGAAAAUCAGCACUUCCCACUGACUGGAAGAAGACCCCAGCGUGAGGAUGCGGUGGAAACAAUUCCGUCACUACUGGGCCAGGUUGCAUUAGAAAGGAGGAAAAAUUUUGCCAAGGCUGAAAACUCAGAUCCUUGGAGUUAUCUCACUGACCCUGUGGUUGUUGAAGAACUCAGUGAUACUGAAGCUACACAAGGGGCAGUGACUAGAAAUGGGAACCCAGAGCCCCACCAUCCUCUGAGGAGAACUCAGACGGCCCAGAGCAGCAGCACCAAACUGCUCUUCAGUGUCCUCCUGUUGCUGGGGUGGCGGACGGCCAGGUGUUGCCCUCUCAACUGUAAAUACUGUGCCACAGGAUUGGCUGAAUGUGAGCAGGUGGCCACGCUGCAGCAAGUAUUGACCAGCAUACCCUCUUCCACAGAGAAGAUCUUAUUACGCCAUGGGAACAUGAGUGAAAUACCCUCAGCCUCUUUUCAGAACUUUUCUGAGCUCCACUUGCUGUCCAUGACUGGGUUUCUGUUGUAUUCCCUCCCUAACGGGACCUUUGCCACCAGUGGGACCAGUAAACUAAGAAGCCUGGAUCUCAGCCACAAUCAGCUGCAGAGCUGUGGAAUAGGGGCAGCUGCCUUCUCUGGACUCGGGGCCCUUGAGGAGCUGAUUCUCAUGGGCAACUUCUUAGACUCCUUGAAGAAGUCUUGGUUCUUGGACACCAGCCCCCUCCGGAAACUCCUCCUCUCCAAGAACAGGCUCUCCUACCUCCCUCCUCGGAUUUUUGAGCGUUUAGCCCAGCUGGAGGAACUUUCAGUGUCCUCCAAUCUCAUCCGGUAUUUGUCCACAGACACGUUUUAUGGCCUGACUUCUCUGUCCAAGGUGGAUUUGUCCAGCAACGAGAUUCUGUUUAUCGACCACGAUGUCUUCAGUCCUCUGAGGGCCCUGAAAGAGCUGCUGCUGCUGAGGAAUAAGUUGGUGACACUGCCCAGCCUCCCAGAGUCGGUAAGCGCCUUGUCUCUCCAAGAAAACCCUUGGUCUUGCGAGUGCGGCUCGGUCACUGCCUUCCAGCUGCUGGGAGAGAAAGUUCAGGACCCGAGGAGCAUCCUCUGCCACAGCCCAGAACGCCUGAGGGGCCGUCUAGUCUUGAGCGUAGGACCGGAGGUCUGCAUCACGAUGACUCCUGCUGCACACCUCCCACUCCCGCCUCACUCAACACACCUGAGUGUGCUCUAUGGCUUUGCAGGAGGCCUUUCCUUCCCUCUGCUUGCAUCCCUCAUUUUCUACUGCAUCUGGAAGCCCUGGAAGCAGAGCAGAGCAACCAAUCCAGAGGGAUGUGGUACUGAUUGGCAUAAGGACUCAUGGAAAGGCUGCUCCAGUCCUAGGUCUGCUUCUCCUCUGCCACACCCCAGGACUAGGACUGCAGAGAAGAGGCAGAUAACGGACUCACUUGGCCCAACCUGUUUUAAUUCUCCAACCUGUACACCUGCCCCUGGAGGAAGGCCUUCAGGAUGGGGAGAAGAGAAGAGAAAAGUAAUGGGCCAUCUCCACCUAGGUUCCAUGAUAUCCUCGGUGGCUGGAGAAGGUGCCCUGGGAGCAAAUGUGAUGUCCAGAUCUGUGAGUGCUCCUGGCUCUCUCUCCACCCGAGAGGAGAAGCUUUUAAAGAGAGAUUCCAGGGACCACAGCACACUUGUCAGCCAGGAGAGACCAGACUGGACAAAGGAUACAGACCCAGGAGUGCCCGGCUCAGUCAAGUACUUUGAGACCCACCAGGAGGAGACAGCUGUGAAGCCCAAGACACAGGCUUGUGUGACUCAGACUGCUCUGGCCUCUUCGAUCAGUUCAGCUUCUCAAAUGGGAGAUCCUAUCAUGGCCCAUACAGCUUUGAACAGGAGGAGGAGAACCUGGAGUAGCUUUCAUUGUGAUGCCUUUAACCAUACACAGGUGCCCCAAAGCAGUGAAACAGAAACAGCAGGCAAAGAUGCACAAGACCAUUCAAACAGGGAAGCAGCCCUACUACCUAGUGCGGAGGCUUGCUUAGAAAAGGGGGAGCAUCCUGCCACGAGCUUAGAGGAUUACAAGGGUGGUAAGGCAGGUGAAGAUGUGGGCAUGCAACAUGACCCUUCAGACACCCAUGAUGGUUUUCAUCCACCUGCUUCCCAGAAACAUGGGAACUCACUCUCCACUAAAUCAUCCAAAGCAGUGUUCACUCAUGGACCAAUUCACCCAGAAGAUCUCACCGAGAUGUGUCCCGCUGUUGGUGCGAAGGACCUUGAGUUUUCUCCACUGAAAGAACAUUCCCGAGCCCCACCUCUCUGUGAGGCCAACACUCAGAAAGCCCAACCAGAGUUCUUCCUCUCCAGCGACAAACUUGCGAAGGAGAGAUUCUGGAAAUACCACACAAAAUGCUGUGAUGACUACCAGCCCUGCCCAACUGCCAAGAAAGCACUAAAGCAGCUGAAGGAGGUGGCCCUGAGCCUCUCUCAGCCCUUCCCCAAGGGGACUGCCCCAGCUCCACCUUCAGAUACGGAUCUUCUUAAAGGUAACGCUAGGGUUACAGCUAAUCUCUUUGUUCAGCUUGCGCAGAGAAGGAAAACUCACAGGAUGGACCCACCGCCCUGGAAGUGACCAAGCCAUUACAAGUGCCAGAA